AUGAUCGAUUAUCAGUUCAAGGAAGAGCUUAUAAAAACACGGGAACGUGUCGAAGAUCUUUAUUCUUUUGAAGGUUUUAAGGUCGGAAGAGGGACUUACGGGCAUGUCUACAAAGCUCAACCGCGACAUCCGGAGCAAAUCCCGGGAAACGGAGCUAAAGAGUUCGCUUUAAAGCUAAUUGAAGGCCAAGGUUUUUCGAUGUCGGCUUGUCGAGAAAUAGCUUUAUUGAGGGAGUUAAAGCAUCCAAAUUUGAUCAAAUUACAACGAGUAUUUCUAACGACGGACCGGAAGGUAUGGUUACUGUUUGAUUAUGCAGAACACGACUUAUGGCAUAUCAUCAAAUUCCAUCGAGCUGCAAAACAGAAGAAGCAGCCAGUGCUUGUUCCUAAAGGAAUGGUAAAAAGUCUCCUGUAUCAAAUAUUGGAUGGAAUUCAUUACUUACAUUCAAACUGGAUUUUACACAGGGAUCUUAAACCUGCAAAUAUUCUAGUAAUGGGCGAAGGUCCUGGUGUAGAACGUGGGAGAGUGAAAAUUGGUGAUAUGGGUUUUGCAAGAAUAUUUCAUAAUCCGUUGAAACCAUUAGCCGAGCUUGAUCCAGUGGUGGUGACAUUCUGGUAUAGAGCGCCGGAACUGCUGCUGGGUGCUAAACAUUACACAAAAGCCAUCGACAUUUGGGCUAUUGGUUGUAUCUUUGCGGAACUUCUCACCUCAGAACCCGUAUUUUUUUGCCGGGAAGAAGAUAUCAAAGCCUCCAGUCCUUAUCAUCAAGACCAGCUGAAUCGAAUAUUUACCGUUAUGGGUUAUCCAUCUGAAUCCGACUGGCAAGAUUUGAAAAAGAUGCCAGAAUAUCAAAAAUUAACACAGGAUUUCAAAAGAGCAAACUACGCCAAUUGCACCUUGCAAAGAUAUAUGGAUAAACAUAAAAUUAAAGCUGAUACUCGGUCAUUUUCGUUAUUGCAACGCCUUCUUACAAUGGAUCCAAUCAAACGAGUUACUGCGCAAGAUGCUAUGGACGACGCCUAUUUCAAAGAAGAUCCUCGUCCAACUGCAGAUGUUUUCAGCGGAUGUGAUAUCCCAUAUCCAAAGCGAGAGUUCCUUUCUGAUGAAAACGAUGAUAAGAGUGCUUCAGCAUCGAAACCACAGCAAGUUCAACCUCCCCAGCAAAGUCAGCAGCAGCCCAUUGGCAUGCAUCCUCAACAGUCGGUGAUGGAACCCGCAGCGAAGAAAAUGCGCAUGCAACAAGGACCUCAGAUAUCAACUACACAGCAGAUGGAGUCGAUGAUAAAUGCCCCUACAAGUGGAAUGUUUGUUACAAGUGGUGCGCAAGAUUACCCACCAGUUGGUUCAGGACCAGCAAUUAGCAGUAAAGGAGGAAUACCCUUUGAGCAACACAGUCAACAACAAAUAAUGCAAUCACAGCACAUAAACAGUGGUAUGCAGCAGAUGUCUUACGGACAUCAGCAGCAGCACCAAGUUAUAAACCAGGGUCCGAACAUAUACCAACAACAGCAGAUAGGUAUGAACCAACAAAUAGGUGGUCCACCGCAAGGGCAAAUGACACAGCGAUCAGUGCAAAUGUCUGCACAGUCAUCAGUUUUGCAGUCUUCUUAUCAACAACAGAUGGUGCAACCAGGUAUGAUAAGUAGUCAGCAAAUGAUGGGCAGUGGAAAUGGUAUGCUGGGACAGCAGGGCAGUAUGACAGGACCUAUGGGUGGUCCUCAAACUCAAAUGGGUCCACCUCAGGGACAAAUGGGACCUCAAGGGCCCACGAUCAUGCAACAGAUGCGUCCACAAAUGUCAUAUGUGGAUCAGAACGGGCGAGUAAUACAAAGCGGGGGAAUAAUAAUCCAGCCAGGUCAAGAAAUGAUGCCGCAGCAAGGUCAUUAUAUGAUACAGCAACAGCAAUGGCCUCAAAUGCAACCCCGUUUUUAA